AUGGCUCAAGUCGAGAUGAGGAGCGAGCAAGUUGGAAGCGCUCUCACCUGCCUGGAGGGCAGUUGCCACCAGCAGGAGGAGAAAGAGCUACUGGUAAUUAGAUAUAGCUGGGGGGAGCCACGAGGGUCAUCAUAUGAGGAGAAGCUCUGGCAGGGGCCAGAGCAUGGAGGGUUUCUCUCUUUGCCAAGAGGCUUAGGCUCUUCUUCCUUCCCCUGGGGCUGCCAGUUAGUUGGUCAGUUAAGUAUCCCCUGCUGCUGUCCCUUGUCCAGGUCUGUGGCUCAAGACAUCCCUAAGCUGCAGAAACUGGGCAUCACCCACGUCCUGAACGCUGCUGAGGGCAGGUCCUUCAUGCACGUCAACACCAAUGCCAACUUCUACAAGGACUCUGGCAUCAUCUACCUGGGCAUCAAGGCCAAUGACACGCAGGAGUUCAACCUUAGCGCCUACUUUGAAAGGGCUGCAGACUUCAUCGACCAGGCCUUGGCUCAAAAGAACGGCCGUGUGCUGGUCCACUGCCGUGAAGGUUACAGCCGCUCCCCAACUCUAGUUAUCGCGUACCUCAUGAUGCGUCAGAAGAUGGAUGUCAAGUCUGCCCUGAGCAUCGUGAGGCAGAACCGUGAGAUCGGCCCCAAUGACGGUUUCCUGGCCCAACUCUGCCAACUCAAUGACAGACUAGUCAAGGAGGGGAAGUUGAAACUCUAGGGCACCCCCACUGCCUCUUCUCUAGAGGCUGGACAGGGGAGGCCCUGGUUGAGGUGUCCCCAGCUGCCAUGUUUAGGAAACACAGUGUACCCUGCUCCCAGCAUCACCAGGCACUUGCCCACAAAUCUGUCCCAACACAGCCCUGGGCCACUUUCCCCCUGAGGAGCAUAUAAAAAAGCUUGCUAAGGAGGACAUUCUUGCUCCCUGGUGUGUCCUGUGCCUGUAAUUAAUGGUGUCCUCUCCCUGAGGUGGGGUUGCAGAUGGGGAAGACCUGUGACAUGCAUGCUUCUGGAUGACCCAGGGCAGAAGGCCUGUGGAAGUGUGAGGCCUGAGACGCUCACAGGGGCCUUCCUAACUUCCCCCGCUCCUUAUCCCUGAGUCCUCUCCGGAGUUGGGACUGCAGCACCUUGAGCCUUGUAAAGGAACUAUGCAAACUCGGGCCCCCCUCUCUCCAUGUCUGUUCCCGCUGGCUCCUCACAGCCACUCACACCCUGCUCAUAGGCAGAGGCACUCCAUGAAGUCUGAAGCUGGCGUGGGGUAGCCAUCAGUUGUUAGUAGGUGGAAAUUCCUACGAAGAGACCACAUUUUAAUUAUUUCUUUAGGAUUAAAGAUACCUAAACAAAGAGGCCCUCAGGUGGGCAAACAGAUUCCCCUGGAAGUCUCUCCUGAAUCAGUAGUUUCUAAAAUGUGAACCUUUGUAAGGCUUGCAUUCCAAAUCCACUGGACUAUUUCCCUGGGACUGUUCUUAGUCACUUGGUUUGUUAGAAGAGCGAUGCCUUGGGCACGGUUUAUUUUUCUUUUUUAGAAAACAGGGUGUUGAAGUCCAGCCUAUUUAAAAACCCCACCAUUUAGAGAAUUACAAGGGUUUUGUCCUGAAUUAUAGCGUUGGCGAGCCCAAGCCACUCGUGCUGGCUGCUUUUUGUCUCCAUUGCUAUUCCAAGAACAGGAGGAGGAAGUUGGCCAAUUACAGCGCGCGUGUGGGUGUGUGUAGGGGGGUGUGUGUCUCAGAAACACAGCCAGAGGACCACGAGCAGGGCGACGAGCGGCCCCAGGCUUACACCCUGCCCACGCACAGGCAGUUCUUAGGGCUCUCUGGUGCCAGAAAAGACCCUGGGCCCUUGGGAGCAAAAGUGACUCAGCCAGGUAGAAAUGAAACAUGACGGAGUGUCCAAAUGGAGCCUUUAUUGGUGGCAGAGCAAACAAACAAACAAAAAGAAACAACUUUUUUUAGGAUGGUGUCGGAAUGCACGAGCUCCCACAUGUGUACGCACAUUUGUCAAUAUAGGAUUUUAUAUUCAACACAGUCUUGUUAGGACUUUGCAUGAUUAUCAUCAUGGGAAGUGAUACAGUGCUAUCGUCUUCAGGUUCCCUAGUGGCAGAGAGGUGGUCCUCAGCCAUGCCCCCGACACCUAGCUCAUAGGUGUCUGAUAGAAGUUUGUGGAAUUAAGCUUUUUU